GUAUAAAUAGAAGGAAGGACACAGCCAUUCUCCCAAAUACUGAGACAGCGAAAACCCUAGCUCCUAAUUUGUUGUGCGAGAGAAGAAGAAGAAGAAGCUUGAGAAUGUCAGGCAUGACUAAUCCGCAAAGCGAGGAUGACAAGAAGCCGAACGAUCGGUCCGCGCACAUCAACCUCAAAGUCAAGGGCCAGGUCGGGAAAGAAGUCUAUUUUAGGAUUAAAAGAAGCACUCGACUGAAGAAGCUUAUGAAUGCAUAUUGUGAUCGACAAUCUGUGGAAUUCAGCACAAUUGCAUUCUUAUUUGAUGCCCGCCGUCUUCGAGCAGAGCAAACUCCUGAGGAGCCAGAAAUGAAGGGUGGAGAUGUAAUCGAUGCAGUGUUGCCCCAAAACGAUGGUGUUAUUAGACGCAUGCUGCAGGCUAUGCAUUUAGUUUAAUACAGAUUAUGCAGUUUAAGUUUUUAUUUGCCUUGGAGGGGACCCUGUUUUUCUGGUUUUCAAUUCUAAUAUUUUAGUUUGUUUUUUUUCCCUCGUGUUGAUCAUGCUUGAUGUUUGGCUGCCAAAAUAAUCUCAUUGUA